UUGCCUGUCGGAGUCCCAUUCCUCGGUCAAGUUUAGUGCGUUGUACUCCUCCCGGACCCGAUGGACAGUUCUUAUUGGUAGGUACGAACCGUUACAUCACCAAGCUUAUGACGCGCCGUCUUCCUGUUUCCUUCAGCUGUGUCUUAAAGUGAAUCUUGUUGGUGGAGGAGAGCUCGAGCAUCAAAGCUCUGCAUCGCGUGCGCCUCGGAGACACACACUCACACCAGCUGCUACGACAUCACCGCCACAGUCUUUCAGUCUCGAGAGGAGAGGAUAGAGGAGAGCGGCGGAAAAUAGCUAUUUUAUGUCUUUUUUUCUGUUCUAUGCGCACGCUUAUCACUCACUUUACUCUUGCUCUUCCUUCCCCGAGCAAUUAUAACAUUCAACGUCUCCCGGGGGAAGAGUCCAUAUUCACUUUCAGCAGUAAAAGGAGCUCGCUUUUCUCUUCAUCUGCGGGGUGUCAUUCAGCAGCGGUCCUAGAGGAGUGGCUUUGUGGGAUAUGGCCCAAUAGCAGCAGCCCGUGAUGCCGGACCAUGACAGCGACUCCCUCCUGAGCAGACAGACCAAGAGAAGACGUGUGGACAUCGGUGUGAAGAGGACCGUGGGCAGCACCGCCGCCAACACAGCAGCAGCUACAACCAGCGCCGACAUCGCCUGCGCCAAAGCAGCCAUCUUCAGUGCCAUGAACUCUCUCAACUCCCACCACCACGGCUCCGACGCAGACUCCACGGACUGCUCCAUGGUGCAGCCACACGGCCCCACUGGGGUCGUCACAGCAACCGACAGCGACUCCAAGUCCAACGUGCUCCGGAAGCUCCUGAAGAGAGCCAACUCGUACGAAGACGCCAUGAUGCCCUUCCCUGGUGCCACCAUCAUCUCCCAGCUCCUCAAGAGCAACAUGGCCAAGAAUGGAGGAGGAGGAGAGAGAGGAGAGAGAGGGGAGAGAGGAGAGAGAGGGGAGAGGGGGGAGAGAGGGGAGAGGGGGGAGAGAGGAGAGAGAAGAGACGGGGGGUUCCCCGGGUCGGGCCUCUCAAGUGGGGGUUCCGAAGCCCCCCAGGAGGAUGCCUGCAGUAACUCGUCUCAGGACAGCCCCCAAGAGUGCCUCUCCCCCUUCGGCCGCCCCUCGGCUCUGGGCGCCUUCGACCUGGAGCGCCUCAACGAUGAGCACCUGCGGGCCAAGCGCGCCCGCGUGGAGAACAUCAUCCGAGGCAUGAGCCACUCGCCCAGCGUGGUGGUGCCCGCACGCCAUCUCGGAGAGCGGGACCGUGAACGGGAACAACGUGAACGGGAGAGGGAGCGAGAGAUGGACGGGGACAGGGAGAUGGAGAUGGACUGCCCCCCACAGCCGCCUAGCCCCAGGGGAGAGGUGUGCAGCCGGGAGAACAAGAGGAAGCAGCGCCUUCCCCAGCAGCAGCAGCAGAGCUUCACCCAGCUGGUGUGCCAGCGUAAAGAGCAAAAGCAGGAGGAGCGCAGGCAGCUGAAGCUGCAGCUGGAGGACAUGCAGAAGCAGCUGCGCCAGCUGCAGGAGAAGUUCUUCCAGAUCUAUGAUUCCACUGACGAUUCUGAGCACGACCUGGCUCACGACCUGGGCAACAUGUCUGAGGACAGCGCCGGGAGGUCUGAUGCCGGGGGAGAUGACCGGGCAGACCGCUCUGACAACGAGAUGUCAGACCUGGACCCAGGACACUUCCUGGACCGGGCCAGGGCAUUGCUCCAGGAGCAGGCCCUGCUGGCAGAGGGUAACAAGCCCAGGAGAGAGGGGCUGGUCCGGGGGAAAGGUCCUGGUCAGGGUCCUUCCUCCUCCAUGCACCAUGCGGAGGGCAAGCAGCUGGCUGAGACGCUGAAACAGGAGCUCAACUCAGCCAUGAACCAGGUGGUGGACACAGUGGUCAAGGUGUUCGCCAAGCCCCCGCGCCCCGCACCCCCCCAGGUCUUCUCGCCCCUCCCCAUGCCCCCAGAGAGGUUCGGGGUCAACGGUGAGGGCCCCAACUUCCACACAGCCAACCAGCGUCUGCAGUGCUUUGGUGACGUCAUCAUUCCCAACCCCCUGGACUCGUUCGGUGGCAUGCCCAUGCCUGGCGCCAACGACCAGACAGAGGCGCUGCCCCUAGUGGUGAGGAAGACUCCGACAGAACACCAUCACCAGUCCUCAGCUGUGGGUGCCCACGGGGGCCACCACCACCCUUCCCUGCACCCCUCCUCCCUCUCUGCCUCCAUGGGAUUCAGCCCCCCAUCUUUCCGCCACCCCUUCCCCCUGCCUCUCAUGGGCUACCCCUUCCCGAGCCCCCUGGGCCCACCCUCCGGGGGAUACCCAGGGAAGGACCGCUCCUCCCCAGACUCCAUGGACCUGUCCAGGGAGACCACCAGCCUGCGGACCAAGAUGUCUUCAGUGCAUCACAUGGGGCACCACCACAGGUCGCUCUCUCCCAGCCACCCCGGGAACACCGCAGAGGGGCUCUCCCUGUCCCUCAUCAAGUCAGAGUGUGGAGACAUGAGCGACAUGAACGACAUCUCACCAUACUCAGGCAGCACCAUUCAGGAGGGUCUCUCCCCCAACCACCUGAAGAAGGCCAAGCUCAUGUUCUUCUACGCCCGCUACCCCAGCUCAAACAUGCUCAAGAUGUUCUUCUCCGACGUCAAGUUUAACCGCUGCAUCACAUCCCAGCUCAUCAAGUGGUUCAGUAACUUCCGAGAGUUCUACUACAUCCAGAUGGAGAAGUUUGCCCGGCAGGCCAUCAACGACGGUGUCACCGGGGUGGAGGAGAUGAGCGUCAGCCGCGACUGCGAGCUCUACCGAGCCCUCAACAUGCACUACAACAAGGCCAACGACUUUGAGGUUCCAGAGAGGUUCCUGGAGGUGGCUCAGAUCACGCUGCGUGAGUUCUUCAAUGCCAUUGUGGCAGGCAAAGACGUGGACCCGUCCUGGAAAAAAGCCAUCUACAAGGUGAUCUGCAAGCUGGACAGUGAUGUGCCCGAGGUCUUCAAGUCACCCAACUGUCUCCAGGAGCUUCUACAUGAGUAACCCUCCCCACCCUGCCUCCGCCCCCCUGCCUGACGCUUUCUGCUUUUUCACAUUUUCAUAUUUUUAUUUCUUUCCCUAUUCUAUGAUUUUCCUGUUUUUUUUUCCUGAAUGAAGUAGCAUUCCUCCCCAUCUGAAGCCUACUGGGCUGUUCCUAAAUGAUCUAACUAUUGUGUUGUUGUUAUUAUUCCCAUGAUUAGGAUUAUUAUUUGUUUUUUAAAUGAUUCUGCUGAUCUGAAGAGACGGUGAUCCUAUUGGGUGUUUUGGACUGUGUGAACCCUGACCUAUCUGCCCUGAUUGACUAGAAACACUAGGGAGGGAUCCCCACUAUGCGCAGGGAGGGGCUUCCCACUAGCCUGUACCCUACCUACUCUAAGGAAGACCCUACAAUCCUAGUGUGGUCACCAAUAGACUUUGGCCACUACACUACAGAGGGGCCCUAUGUUACUGGGGUGCUCAAUAGGCUCACCCCACUGUGCAAGGUUGCUCCCUAAUAGGCGGUUCCCACUACUAUGGCUGUCCCAGAGAGGACAACACACUACACCAUGCUGCCUGCAGCCUAAUGACUUUAUUAACUGCUGGACUAUACUGGACUACUAGUACUGGUCUGGACUACUACUAUUGGUCUGGACUGGUAUACUGGUCUGGACUACUAGUACUGGUCUGGGCUGGUAUACUAGUCUAGACUACUAGUACUGGCCUGGACUGGUAUACUGGUCUGGGCUGGUAUACUGGUCUGGACUGGUAUGCUGGUCUGGACUACUAGUACUGGUCUGGACAGGUAUACUGGUCUGGACUACUACUACUUCUGGUCUGGGCUGGUAUACUAGUCUAGACUACUAGUACUGGACUGGACUGGUAUACUGGUCUGGACUGGUAUGCUGGUCUGGACUGGUAUACUGGUCUGGUAUACUGGUCUGGACUACUAGUACUGGACUGGACUGGUAUACUGGUCUGGACUACUAGUACUGGACUGGACUGGUAUACUGGUCUGGACUACUAGUACUGGACUGGACUGGUAUACUGGUCUGGACUACUAGUACUGGACUGGACUGGUAUACUGGUCUGGACUGGUAUCAGCCACCUAAUGAGCUCUACCAUGAUGUUUUGAAGUGUGUUUUCUGCGAGUAGGGUAUUGUGUUUAUUGAGUGUAUAUUAUUAUUCCUGUUGUUGUUAUUAUUAUUAUUUGUCAUCAUUGCUUGCUAAAGAUUGGCACAGAUUUGUUUGUCUCUUGACAACGUUACAGAAAAUAAAUUAUUAUUAAUAUUCCGAGUAUAAAUUCUCUACAUAUAAUUACUUUUCUCUGAGCAAUUUAGGCACAAGCCUCUUUCUCAUUUCAUAUCCCCCAUCCCCCCCUCUGUCUGUUUGUGUGGGUCCAAGUUGUGUUUGAUCUUCUCUGCUGAUAAGGCAGACACUGGCGGAGGGAGUAGGCCUCAGUCCUGAGGCUCAAGUAAAAACAGAAGGGAACAUGAGUCUCGACCCGAGGCUUUACACAAAUAGAAAACAAUGCUGUAAAAUUGAAGAGGUGUUGGUUUGGAAGAGCACAUGGUGUAACCAGUGGCAGUGCACAAAUACAGAGAACUGUGGGCACACACACACACACACACACACACACACACACACACACACACACACACACACACACACACACACACACACACACACACACACACACACACACACACACACACACACACACACACACACACACACACACACACACACACACACACACAUACCACACGCGCACAGAGAAACACACACACACAGAAACACGCAGCGUGUGACCUUUUGGCGCUGAUGAGUGCAUUAAGACAGACCGGUUACUGUCUGACUUUAUGACUUGUCAUUGUUUCAAGGCCAUCCACAUCGACUCCAGCGUUGAAAUAGCAAUGGCGCACAUGUUAGCCCUGCACAUUUAUGGGCCAUUCAUUCAGGAUUUCAUCAUUCAUUCAUACAUACUACACAGUUGGUGAGACAUGGUGUGUGUGGAUGAAAGGGAAGGCAGCAAAGCUUUAUUUUACAGUCCAAUGAGGAGCGGAAGCUACUUACUGCUACUUCAUUUAUUCAAAAUGAAAGAGAUGUGGUUAUGACCAGGGAUUAAAUGGUAUACAGUGGUGCAUAAAUCCCAGACAAACUAAAGGAUAAUUAUUAGCUCAUUAUUCUGUUGUUACCAUUAGCAGUACCAGGUACUUUAAUACUAAGUAAACAUAGGACUUUAAUAAAAGGACCGUAAAAUAAAGUGUAACCAGGAAGGCCCCAGUUUUCUCUAUAAUGGCUUUUUGCAAUGUAAUUUAUCUCGGCAACAUAAAUAGUAAAAUUCUUUCAUUCUGUGAUGAAGCUAAUGACAAGGUUAACUAUGAGAAAAAAUAUGAAGCUACUUUCCAAGCAAAUUAAAAAGUUUAUAUAAUAUUUUACUACAAAGCACUGUACUAAUCUUUGAUGGAAUUGUAUUUAAAAACAGUUAAACGAAUAGAUAGCUAGGUAAGUAAACAAAUGGAUAGCCAAAUAUUAGAGGGAGUGAGGAGAGAUGGGAGGGAGGAAGAGAUGUAUAUUUUCCAGACCAUGUCAGCUGACCAGAAAUAAACAGAUUCUAGCUAUAGCCUAAAACGGUGGCCUCGAGUCUUACCUUGUCAGCUCACAAGGUCAGGGAAAAACGGAGAGAACAGAGACACACAGAUGUUCAUUAAUAGUAAUUGUAUGGACACAGACACCUUUCCCCUCCCAUGUCUUCUUCUCUUCUUCUCUGCAAUAUUCACCUGGCUCAGUGCUAGCUGCUCCUUUCUCCCUGAACAAUGCAAGGUUAGAGGUCACCACUCAGCCUAGAGGGAAAUGAACCUCUCAGAACCAUAAAGACAGAGACAAAAGGGUUCUAUUCAAUCCGUCUGUGGAAAUUCAGCGUUACAGCGUGAUUGAAAUUUAAAGGCAAUGUUCCCGCACUGCAGAUGUCAGCUCAAUAGGAAAUUACCUUUAAAUUUCUAUCUUGCAAUCUGUAACGCUUCAGCAAAACAGAUUCAAUAGAGCCCAAAGACCCUAAACAUGGAACAAAACUCACAUGAUCCUCUCAAUUCCAAACAGGCGCAUCUAUAGAUUGUAUACUUCCAGAUUCUGACAAUGAUACAGUAUAAUUCCAUGAGAGUCCCUAUGCACAGUUUAUUCAGUUAUUGAUACAUUCAUACAUAAACACCAUUCCUUGAUUCAUACCAGUGAAAUACGUUGACAUUCAACAUUUUGAUCUAGUUGAAUCCUGUUAUCUUGUUUUGUUUGAAGCUGCCUGCACUGAAUUUGCUACUAAUACAAUAUAGCAAAUAGUAGUUACUUGUCCUUUGAAGUACAUUCUAAGCACUGAAAGAUCACAUAGGCUACUGCGUGUGUGAGUUAGUGUGCGUGUGCGUGCGUGUGUGUGCUAUGUGUGUGUGUGUGUGUGUGUGCUAUGUGUGUGUGUGUGUGUGUGUGCUAUGUGUGUGUGCUCGCUGGUCAUCGCCCCGACCUCAGCCACGUCGGCUUUGGUUUGGUGUGUCACAAGAUGAAAAGGAGCAGGUUAACCUGCUGACUUGUAAAGGCGGCACAAAGCGCCUGACAAAAGGAGGAGAGAAAGGCGGAGAGCUACUCCCUUCAUUAUGUUCACCCGCAGACACUGUUCUUCUUAAGAUCCAAGUCCAGAGAGCGGGGAUGAUGGGUUCGUCUGUGUUUCAAAGCACCAGCCAACGGCUUAAAAGAACCUGUAACACAAAACAAAGGAUAGGAAGGACACUUUUAUCUGAUACACGGAUUAAUAUCACCCCCCCCAUCCCCUCACCCUUCCCCCCUACAACCCCACCCUAAGAAGGAGUUCCUGUGCAUUGUGCUGCUGAACAGAUUAUUCCUGACUCUUAUUUCUAAACAGAUUACUGCUGGUUAAUAACAACCCGUCUCUAACUGGAUUAGAAGGAUCUUUGUUUGGUUUCAAUUGAUAUCGAACUGCAUAUAUAUCUUUUUUUUUAUUGUAAAAUACAAAUUUAUUACAAAAAAGCUAAUAGGAGUGAACUUUUGGGAAGGAUCUCUGUCAGGAAUUGUGUCAUGAAGCAGGACGUUUUGAGAGUAUUUUUAGUGAUUUCUUACUUUUUCCGAUCUGUUACGGAAAAAAGCGAUUCGUUGGUCUCUUAAAAGUAGAAUACAAGCAAUAGAAGUAGAUUGUGCGGGUUUUGUGAAGACUUUUCAUUUGAUUUAUUUGCAUUUUGUAUUGGGUGUGUUUUGGAGAUAAAAACAGACUUGUGUUUUUGAGUCCUUUUUGGGCGGCAUGAAAUGUGAUGCUGUAACUGUACAUGUUGAAGAAGGGAACGAUCGCUCCCGAGUCUAACAUGGCUUGGAAGGGGAGAGCGGGAGUGAGGGAUGACAAAUAGAGAGACAGAGAGAGCGAGUGAGAUAUGACAUAGACUUUCACUACAUGCUCUCCAACCUGUCUUCCCCAAAGAACGCCCCGCCAUGCUCUGAAGGGAAUAUAUGUUCCCCUCUGUGGGCGAUGCCCUUCAAUCUGAGUCAGCAUCCCCUUUCUGCUGACAGAACAUGGCGUAGUUGUCCCUUCAUUAUGAUGUCAUAGUUCCCUGUUGGCAGUGGAUCCAGACUGGCCCCCACAAUGGCGUUGGUGUCUCCCUCUUUACAAACCAAGAGAGACUUUAGUGAGAGAAAAACUGGAACUUACUGUCCCCAUAGACUACUGGUGUAGGAGUGGAGGGGAAAACACUACUGUAAACAUACUGUACACAGUCAGUUACCCUACACUAUGCAUUGUGUCUUUGGGAUAUAACAGAACUAGUCUUUAUGCUGGGGGUAUACAGAUUUAACAAGAGUUUUAAUCUUUGUGGAAAAGGGCUAAGAUAAUGUUGAGAUUCCAUGCGCAGUUGCUGUGACUGAGUGUGUGUGUGUGUGUGUGUGUGUGUGUGUGUGUGUGUGUGUGUGUGUGUGUGUGUGUGUGUGUGUGUGUGUGUGUGUGUGUGUGUGUGUGUGUGUGUGUGUGUGUGUGUGUGUGUGUGUCGUGUGUGUGUGUCGUGUGCGUGUGUGCAUGCAUGCGUGUGUGUUUGUGUGUGAGAAUGAGAACCUGUGAACCAGUGAGUGACACAAUUCUCAACACGGAGGCUUACAUUUUGGGAUGGGACUCUCCCCACCCCUGUGACUCCAUCCCAAAAUGUAAAGGAUUCUCAUUACCGGAUGGGCGACGUGUGUGUGUGUUUGCGAAGUAAAUUUCCAUUCAUUUUAUGACCUGCUUAAAGGGGGUCUGUUCCUCAAUGGUUUCACUAGUAGUUUUUCGGGGGGCUCUUCUUUUGUAAAUAUCAAUGAUGUGGAAUUUAAAGUGAUAAAUACUGCCUUUGUAUUAUUUAGCAAUAUGUUGUAUAUAGCGUUUUGUUUAUGCUUUUUGUAUAACAUUAUUAUUCAGAUCUAGUGCAGUAAUUCCAUCUGAAAUUGCCAUGGCUCAUAUAUACAGUGUAAUUUGUUACAUACAGAGUUUAGUAAGUUAUAGAAAAAAUAAAAAUCAAAUAUGGCUGAUUUUAGCUUUUUUUCUGUUGUUGUUGGUGUCUAUUUGUCUUGCAGAUUUUAUGUAAUUUAUUGGUUUAAUUUAUCCUAAUUUAUUCAAUGUUGUAUUUUUUUUCAACCAAUGAAGGCUGUACUGUAUUUUAUCAUGAAGUAGAACCAAUCCAAUUAAACAUUAGGCCUACUUAGAAAAAAAAAGAUUUUAUAAAGGAAACUUAAGAGCACUCAAUCAAUUCUCAGAAAUUGUUACAUGGGGAUUUUGGCAGCUAAAUUGAACUGGAAAAUUUUAUAAAAGGUACUUUUUGUUUGGGGAGAGGUAGAGGACAUUAAAGAAAAAAAAUACUAGUAUUUUUCUUUUUUUUCUCCAGGCUUUUCCCCCUCUACUGUUGUGGGCCUCCCCAAAGACAGUAGUUGAAUUGCCUUUCGUGCCUUCAUCCUCUAUGAACUGAAUGUAUGUGCAGUAUAUAUGCAAGCUUGUGCAAAAUUAUGAAACAUUUAAAUAAAAAUGGAAGAAAAAGAUUACAGAA